GCAGCUUUCAUUCAGUCGCCUUCCACUUGUCCAAGACGCGACCGCGCAACCGCCAUGGCCGAAAAACUUGAAUCAACGCCAUUCGAGGAUGCACUGGAAAAAACUGGCAACGGUCUUUAUAAUGUCCUGCUAGUCCUCACAUGUGGCCUGAUCCUGUUGGCCAUCGGCGUGGACCUGUUCGGCUUUGGCCUGGUGGUGGCAGCAGCGUGCGACCUCAACAUCACAGUACCCCAGAGAGGGAUACUUACUUCACUGCCUUAUAUUGGAAUCCUCCUAGUUUCCUACAUCUGGGGCUACAUCUCCGACACACGUGGUCGAAGGUUCUCCCUCCUGGUGUCCAUGCAAACAGCCUUCGUUCUCUCGUGUCUGUCAAGCUUUGCCACCAACUGGUUACUGCUGGGCCUCAUCAAGUUCUUCUCUGUUUGCUUUUCUUGUGCAGCCAACUCCGUCACAUACACCCUGCUGGGGGAGUCAUGUAUUCAGCGAGUGAGGAGCAAGUACAUGCUCCUGAUCACCUGUCUCCUCAUUCUGUCACCGGGCAUUGCAGCUCUUGUCACAUACCCAACCCUCCUCCUGCAUUUCAAAUUGGAGAUUCCUCUACUUGGAAUAAACUUCACACCCUGGCGCCUGCUGAUCGUGGUGCUGGCAAUACCCUCGGGGCUCGGAGGCAUUGCCAUCAGCUUCUUCCACGAGUCCCCCAAGUUCUUGGCAAACUCUGGCAAGAAUGACGAGGCUUUAGAGGUGCUGAAGUCUAUGCAUGCGAUCAAUAAUCGAAACACCAAGGAGGAAUUUGGGGUAACCUCAUUGUACUUAGAAGACGCAGUAGCAAAGAAGCCAAUCAGCUUCACCCGUGCAUUGUAUGAGCAAGGGGCGCCUCUGUUCCGACCCCCCAUGCUAUGGAGGACCGUGCAGCUCUACUUCAUAGUCUCCAUCGUGUAUUUCACUAACAACAGUCUUCUAGUGUGGCUGCCUUAUAUCAUGAACUUAGUAAGAGUGGCUUUGAGCCAGAAUGCUGCAUCUGCUGGGGAUAUUUGUACCUUGAUCAAUAUGAAGGAGGAGGCUAAGGUCCAUAAUGAAACUUUAACUUCUUCAAAUACUACUGCUGUGACACCAGAAAUCUGCCUCGGCUACAUCGAGAACAACGUGAUCAUCACCCUAGUGGCUGCGCAGUGCAUUUACUCCGUCCUCAACUUCGUCAUCUCGUACCUCAUGAGGUGGAGGAGAAUCGUCCUCAUAUCCAUCCUGUCCAUGGCCACAAUAAGUGGUGCUUUGCUGGGUUUGAUGCCUGAACUGAUUUCCAGCGUGUUCCUUUUGAUGGCCUUUACUUGCACGAAUCUUGGAAUGGGAAUAUUGGCGUCUUACUUUGUGGAUUUAUAUCCUACUUCUUGUAGGGGCAUGGUUGCUUGCCUCAGCAUAAUGGUGGCGCGAUCCAGUACGUUCGUUGGCAUCAAUGUGGUUGGCAACCUCAUCUUCUACCACUGCCAUACCACCUUCUACGUGUGGUCCAUCGUUGUUUUCACAAGUGUUGUCGCGGCUUGGUUCCUUCCACCAGACAAACCAGUGCGUUAACUUACAGGUAUUAGUUAUAGGACUUAUGUUAUUAAUAAUCUGUGAUUUUAGUACCAAUAAGACAUUAGUUAUAAUAACUAUACCAACAUAUUAUAUUUAUAAUAGAGUGAAUUUAUGUCCGUGAAAUUAUUAUGUACAUUAUGUUUAAUAUUAAGAAAAUAAAAGUUUAGUUUGUAAA